AUGGAGAGGAGAUUCAACAGGAACCUGUCGAACGAAAGCAGAGGAUCCUCAAAGAGCUUACAGAGGAUAAUUGCAGAGAACAGAAAGCCUGCUAGUCCUGUCCCUGACUUAACUGAUUUUAUGAAUGACAUGUUUUUCGGGACACCAAGUCCUGAUAAAAAAACGUAUAAUCUGAAGGGAAUUAACACAAAUUCGAUAGAAGAUGAUGAUGAUUUCGACUCAAGCACAAGGAGUGUUAGCAGCAGGCUAACUCAGGAGUGGCUGCAGGAGGCUAAGCAAAUGGUAGCUUCAUCUCCUGGUCGUGGAAGUGAGUCCCCUCCAGGGCGGCUAGUGACUUCCCCUAGGUUUGCAACAUCUCAUGCUAGAAUUGAUUCUCCUACUGAAGGCAGAGAUCCCCUCUCUAGGUCUGCUAGAAGGCAUAGAUCAGUGGUGGGAUUCAGUGAAGAAAUCCUCUCAAAAACAGCAAAACACAACCGCAAUAAAUCAGAGCCGUUAAUAAUUGAUCCUCCUACAGCCGGCACAUCCCCUUCAUCAAACGUUCAAGAUUGGUUCUCCAACAUCUUCAAACCUCCAAAUGAUGGGCCCACUGACCCCACUUCUCCCAAGCCCAACAAUGAGCAACCCGCACUCACCCUCCCUCCCCGCCAAUCAAUCAGUCGCCGAACGCGGUUCCAUACAAACUCCAAUGCACCUCAGCCACACUCUAUCAACUCUCCGAAACGAACUUUCAAAAUUCCCGCCACCGGCUCAACGGACAAUGUAUCACACUUUUUAGAUGACAAGCCACUUUCUCCACCAAAAAGUCUCAUCGAAUCUUCUCACCGGAGGUCGAUUUCAUCGACAACAUGCUCGAUCCCGGUCGAUCCGGUACUUUCUCCUCCGAGGAAUUUCGUAGAGUCGACUCAUCGGAGGAGUAUCUCUGCGUCCACAUGUGCAUUUGAGAAGGUUUUACGAAAGAACAAUGUGAACGGAGAUGAAGUCAAGGCGGAAGAUUUGAAGAGUCAGGAAUUGAAUCGGUUCUUGAAGGAGCAGAGAGACAAAAUCGACAACGUUUUUAGUGGACAGAUAAAAGGGAAAGCCAAAAUUGUGCUGUCUGGACCUUCCAACAGUACAAGCUCAAUGGUGGCGGCAAUUUGCUAUGCUUGGUUGUUGGAAAAUAGGACGAGGGCUAAUGAGCAAGAAGGAGGAGAUGCAAAUACAAUUCAGGUGGUGGUUCCUGUGAUGAAUAUGACAAGAAGGAAAAUGUUGAAGCAGCGGCAAGUGGCUCGGCUUUUUCAUCUUGUUGGUCUUGAUGCCAAAUCUCUGCUCUUUUCCGAUGAGGUUGAUUUGGAGACACUACUGUUGGCUAAGCAGCUAAGCAUCCUUGUAGUUGGAGAAGACAUACUCAAAACUAAUGGAGAGGCAGUAUCAGGGUGUACUGUUCUUACGGACAAUUACUGUGAGGAGGCUUAUGAACUACUUCAGACGCCUAUCUUGAAAAAGCUUCUGCUCGCAGGCAUACUUUUAGACACACAAAACUUGAGUGCAUCUUCUAAGGUGUCGAUGACAAGAGAUGUAGAAGCAGUUCAGCUGCUUUCAGUUGGCUCCUCCCCUAAUUACAGAAAUGCUUUUUUUGACCAAUUGAUGCAAGAUCCAAAGGAUGAUAGUUUUGUCGAAGUUAUGAGGCAGAAUUAUGGAAAUUCACCCAUUGAGAGUAGCCAUAAAUUUAGAGCACAUCAAGUCUUGGAGAGGAAUUCCACCCCUCCAGAAAAUACACCAAGUUCAGAUAAGAUAUCUAAAGAUGUGAAGAAUGGGAAGAUAAAUAGAGCGUCACCAAACACAGGUAAACCUACAAUAUCACCUAUACAUGCUUCUCCAGCAUCACCAGCAAAACCAGCUGAUGCUUCACGUGGCAAGAACAAGACCUUCUUCUUAGCAAAGUGGUUUGGUUUUGGGAAGUGA